UUAAGUGCUUAGCUGUUGCGGGUCUCGUGCUAACAUCGCCCCACAGUUCCCGGCGUCAUUCCGUCUAGGGCACAUUAAGCAUUGUAGAGAUUUCUAUCCUCUCUGCGUAUCUACUGCCUUUCUUUGCUCCCUCAGGUCAUGCAGCAAAUAGAAAACAACGACUCCUUAGAAGAGAUGCUUAUCCAUACCUACGAAUUCGAAAAGCUAGCGGACUUUCGACCCUUGCUGUGUGAAUAUUGGACAAUAUCCUUCCUCUUGACCCUUAUCUACCUAAUGUUCAUUUUUAUGGGGCAGAGAUAUAUGAAGGACCGAAAAGGCUUCAAUCUACGAUUGCCCCUGGCGAUUUGGUCAUUCACCCUUGCCAUUUUCAGCAUCCUGGGAUCUGUGAGGACAUGGAAAUAUCUAGGAGCUCUAUUGAUGUGGGGGGGGCUGAAGAGUUCCUUGUGCCACCCUGGCUGCAUCACUAACAGCACUGUGCGCUUCUGGGCCAUGCUUUUUGUACUCAGCAAAAUUGUGGAGUUCGGGGACACGGCAUUCAUCAUACUUCGGAAGCAGCAGCUCCUAUUCUUACAUUGGUUCCACCAUAGCACGGUGCUAGUGUACACAUGGUUUGCCUACAAGAAUGGUGGGGCAGGUGGUUUCUGGUUCAUGACCAUGAACUAUGGCAUACAUGCUCUCAUGUAUUCUUACUAUACAGUGAAGGCCCUGGGUCUGAAACCACCCCGCAUUUUGCCCAUGAUCAUCACUACUCUGCAGAUCACACAGAUGUUUGUUGGGGCUUCUAUUAGCAUCCUGAGCUUCCUCUGGGAGAAGGAUUGUGGCAGCUACAACUUUAAGCAAUACUUCUUCUGGACUUUUGCAAUGUACAUAACCUACUUUGCCCUUUUCCUGAACUUCUUUUACCAGGCCUACUUCAGAACUGUUCAAGCCAAGGCUAAGGUCAAGGCCAAGAGCCAGUGAAGUCAGAGAUUUAAGGAGUAAGAGAGCCAAUUACCCCUCUCCUUUGGAAGGGGACCUUUCAGUGAGGGGAAAGUCCUGAGGGAGGGAAUGAAGAACAGGGUCAGGCUCUGGGGAUAAUUGUGUGAUCCCCUGCUACUCCACUGUGUUCCUGGGGAGGUAAGGGAAAUUUUACCAAGAUGUGCUCCCUCCUACGCAUACACACAGAAAAAAGCCCCAUAAUUUGAUAUUUAUGUUUUUAAUGUGAAGGCCCUUGGGUAAGAUGGAGGCUAGAGCUGGUCCUGUCAUA